CGGAAAUUUCGGUCGGACAUGGAUAGAGAAAGGAGUAUUCUUGAUUGCGCACCUGUGGAGUCCUCAAAGACAGGGGUGGAUAUCAGGGUCAGAAGUUAGGAUGAAGCUACCAAGACUUCACAGAGUUGAGAAACAUCUAACGGUGAUACUCAAAGCUCUUCCGGGGCACUGGGGACAGCUGCUUAAAGAGGAAACGGACCAUGCAUUUGGCACCUGGGUCAUGCAUCCAGAGGAGGAGAACUUGGUGCUGAAGGUUUUGGGCCCGAAUCUGCCGCAAGGAACUAUUUUGGAACAAUGGAGGAAAGGGCCCCGAAAGAAAGAAGGGACGGAGCUCAUCAAGGAGAAGGAAAUAACGUUGAGAGUCACAGCUGAGCUGCUUGAAGUUAAGGUUCGUCAGGAGCGACUCACCCUCCAUCUUGCUGCACUGCGUCGCCUUCUCACCAUCCUCUCUGACCCUGAUCGCACCCUCUCGAUCAUCCCCGUACGACUCGGGACCUCCACGAGGGUGUACUCAUCGUUGUGGGAUUCCGGUUCUCAGGGCGACUUCAUUCACCCACGCGUGGUGAAGGAAGCCCGCUUACCCACGACAGGGUCUCCGACUCCCAUCUCCAUUACCCUAGGGGAUGACAAGACCCAGCGUUUCUUCGAUCAGACAGUCACCGACCUCUUCUUCUUCCUCACUCUCGAACCGACUGAGCGUUCCCCGGCGUCUCGUCGCCACCGCUCCUCUGCACAUUUCGAUGUGAUGGAGACGGGGUACGACUUCAUUCUCGGCACUCCGUGGUCUUGUCGGUUCCGCAGCACCGAGGCCGAUUGGGCGACCAACACUCUCGUUCUCAAAACGAAGUAUCCGCGUCGCUACAGCCGACCAGCCGAAGACCACGUUCCGAUCGUUCACGGUGAUGCCAUUCGGCCUCACAACGCACCCGCUAUCUUCCAGAGGGCGAUGAAUGACAUCUUCAGGGACAUCCUGGAGCAGUACGUUCUCGUCUACCUCGACGAUAUCCUGGUCUAUAGUCGUACCCUUGAGGAGCACCUUAGACAUCUCCGCGACGUCCUUGAUCGCUUGCGCAGACAUGGUUUUUACGCCAAGCUAAGCAAGUGCCGCUUUGCCCAGCACAAAGUGGAUUUCUUAGGACACUACGUGUCUGACCAGGGUCUCCACAUGGACGACGCGAAGAUCACUGCUAUUGCGGAGUGGCCCGCUCCCACAUCCGCCAAGCAGCUUCGCAGCUUCCUAGGCCUGACCAGCUACUAUAGUAACUUCAUCCGGGGAUACGCUAGGUAUUCYUACGUCCUUACCUCCACCCYCCUCCGGAAGAACCCACCCUGGGCUKGSACAYCCCUCCACGAGGACGCCUUCCGCGCCCUCAAGAAGGCGGUGACAUGCGCACCGGUUCUUCACCUACCCGAUUUUAACCGCCCUUUUAUCCUUACCACCGAUGCGUCAGACUUCCCUGUAGGAGCAGUGCUUUCUCAGGUCUUCCCCUCAUCUCCUGAUUYCUCUCAUCCUCGUAUCCCUCGCUUCCCACCACCUACCCCUGCCACUGCUUCCCGACUGACGCCUACUCGACCAGCUACAAACGAGCCUUCUAUUGACUAUUCUCCUACCAUCGCCAAGGACGGCACUGUCGAGUCUCGCUCAGGUGAUUGUCCGAUAGCCUUCUACUCCCGUCAGCUCCUGCCCGUUGAGAUAAACUACACUGCUGAUGAACGUGAGGCUUUUCUGACAAAGCUGAAGCUCACUCAUCGACAGGCUUGCUGGUGGCGCGACCUAUCCGAGUUUAGUUUCACCACAGAGUACAUCAAGAGUGAGACUAAUCGGGUCGCAGAUGCACUAUCCCGGCGCCUUGACCACGACCAGGAGCACAUCCAGCUAUCUUCAAUCCCGGUCAGCACCGUUCACCACUCGGUGAUCGACGAGUUUCGCACUCAGUAUCGCCACUGCCCCGACUAUCGCGACAUCCACGCGACCCUUCGGAGUGGCAAGACCGUCCCGAACUACUCUCUCGGGGACAACGGUCUUGUGUACUGGCACGGUUCACAUGGCACCAGAGAGCCCCGCAUUUGUGUUCCCUCCACUGGACAGCUACGUGUCCGAGCAGUAGCAGAGUUCCAUGACCAGGCAGCUGCCGUUCAUAUGGGCUUCCACAAGACGUUGGCUCGUGUGAGCCGCCUGUACAUCUGGCCGAAGCGCAAGGACUUUGUGAAGGACUACGUCGCAGAGUGUCCCACCUGUCAGGAGGUGAACAGUGCGAACCACCCUCCUUAUGGUUUGCUCCAACCUCUUCCUAUCCCUGAGGGUCGUUGGCAGUCCAUCUCGAUGGAUUUUAUCGGUCCUCUUCGACCUCCGACCCCCCGCGGUCAUGAUUCUAUCCUGGUCGUCGUUGACCGCUUCACGAAGCGUGCACGCUUUGUUCCGUGCCGCUAUGCCAUCAGUGCACGUGAGGUCGCCGACAUCAUAUUUGACCGAGUCGUGCGCGACCACGACUUACCUCUGAGCAUCAUAUCUGACCGUGACCCGCGCUUUACCAGCCGAUUCUGGCGACGGCUCCACGCGGUGUACGGCACUCAGCUCCGCUUCUCCUCGUCUUACCAUCCUCAGACUGAUGGUCAGACCGAGAUCACGAACAGGACUAUCGGGGAUAUUCUCCGAAAGAUUGUUCGUGACGACCAGCAGUGGGAUCUCCAUCUUGCCCACGCGGAGAUAGCCUACAACCACRCCGUCUCGCCAGCCACGGGGAUGUCGCCUUACUAUUGCGACCUCGGCUAUCACCUGCGUGUUCCCGCGGACUUCCUUCGACCGUCCCAGAUGCACCCYGACACGAGUUGUCCCGCGCUGGAUGAUUGGGUUGCACACAUGACGUCGAUUAUGAAGACCGCACAUGAGCACAUAGCCGCUUCCCAGACUCGCAUGGCAGCACGUGCGAACCAAUCGAGGAUGGAUCACCCAUUCAAGGUCGAUGAUGAUGUGCUUAUCGACGCCCGCCACUUACAGCUCGAAGCGGACACGCUUCGCAAGUUUCGACGUCGCUUCUUUGGCCCAUGCCGCAUCCUCCAGGCCGUCAGUUUUGAUACGACAUCUAGCCCGGUCAACUUUCGUGUGAAGCUGCCCGACUACCUACGCCAGGCUCGUGUGCAUGAUGUCUACCACGUCUCGUUACUGCAUCCUUACCGCAGACCGUCUGAGCGUUUCGUUGGACGACCAUACGAGMGCCCUCCACCCAUCAUGGUGGACAGCCACGAGGAGUUCCUCGUUUCAGACACCAUUGGUCGCCGAGUCACCGACGACAACCCUCCCCACGUCGAGUAUCUCGUACGUUGGAAGGGUUACCCUKAUGAGGAGGCUACCUGGRAGCCCCUCGAGCACUUGGAGCACGCUCGCAUGUUGGUGCGUGCCUAUGACCGUGCUCGUCGUGCUGGGUUCACUGCUCCUCCUCAACCCACUGAGCCUCCUCCUUCUCCUCCGGUUGAGGAGACCGCUGAAGUUGAGCCUUCUCCAUCUGAGGUAGACCUUAAGCAGCAGCCGGCUGCUUCUGAGCGUCCACAGCGCACUCGUCGUCGUCCUACUUGAUACGACGAUUGACUCUGACUUACCUUCCCACGUCUUUGACUUCUCAGUACUCCAUCCACAUCAGUUUUGCUACUUCAGCUCGUCGAUGCUGCGGCUCUUCCUCGA